UUCCUUUCUGCCCACCGUCCUUUCGCAGCCUCUCCUUCGUCUUCAAGCUCAUGCGCGCCCGGCGCAGACGCUACUCUCCCAACUGCUAGCCUUCCUUCUCCCCCCGUCUCACAUGAACUUUACCCUCGACGACGACGCCGGCCAGAUUGUCUAUUCUUCCGGGUGGGGCGUCCAGUCCUCCGACAAUGCCGACCUCGAUGAGUACUUUGAGCGUACCUAUCACGUCGCCGAGCAGGACGGCGCGACCGUCAACCUCACCUUCAGCGGGUCUGCCGUAGCCAUCUACGGCUCGACUGGGCCUGGCCACGCCGACUAUACCAUUCAGUUUGAUGACACCGUCCUUCCCAACCAGUCCGCCUACGCAGCCACGACCCAGUUUCAGCAACUCCUCUUUCAGCGUGACUUCUCGGCCGACAACCUUGCCGGCACCCACUUUGUCUCUCUCAAGGUCGUCUUUACGGAUCGCGGGAACUGGCUGGAUGUAGAUUUCUUGACAUUUACGGACGGAAAUCUCACAAACGGCGCGACGACCACCGCCGCUGUGGCGACUGUAACACCACCCUAUCUAUCAAGCGAGCCGUCCACCGCUGACAAUUCCAGCACUUCGUCCUCCUCCUCAUCCAAAGUGCCCACCAUCCUCGCCGGCGUCUUCGGCGGCGUCCUCGGCGUCGCGCUCAUCCUCCUCGGCGUCUGGGCCCUCCUCCGCCACCUCUACAGCCGCAAGCGCAGGCAUGAACACGCCUUUCGCCUCGGCGCCCCGCCUCCGAACACGCCCAAGUCGAGCGCCUUCUCCGAGGCCAUCUCAGGCCGCGGCGCCCGCACCGGCACGAUCAUGAUGAACUACCGCGGCGGUGGCGAGAGCGUCGCGAGCUUCUCGCUCCACAACCCCUUCGGAACUGGCUCCAGGGAUUUUUCCACAUCCCAGGUCAACCUCGAGAUGAGCGACGCGAGCCUGGCGAGCAUGAACGUCGGCGUUGGUCAUGCCGCAAGCGGUAGCGGGAGUGCAAUUGGGAGCGGCAUUUCCGGGUACGUCUUUGCAGACUCGAGGGGCGGCUACGCUGCUGUCCCGUUGCGCCCUCCGCCGACAUUACCGCUCAUGGCGCCCGACGGCCCGCUUGUCCCGGUUCGGGCUGGGACGCCUGUAGGCGGAGGCGGUGAGAGGAAGACCAGCGCGCCAGUCAAGGGCCCCGGUGUGCGCGAGUUCCUGACGGGCAGCCCGGUCUUGUGGGCCAGUGCAAAACAUAGAGGGGACGCAGAUUCACUACGGACAGACUUUCUUCAGGUAUGAUUGCUGUUUGGCUCUUUGGUUGAUCUAGAUACUUGCGCCAUGGGUAUACCAUUCUAUUAUGAUAGUAUAUCUCUUAUGCUUGCUUGCCUCAAUACAUCUGUCUUCAAAGGUAACUUUGGUUGCUAGUGUGUUCUACUCUAUUGUUGCUCUAGCCUUCAACAUACAUUGAAGUGGAUGGGCAGCAGACCCUACAUAUUGUAUGGGGGAUCCCAUACCCAGUGGUACCAGUCAGCCCAUGGUAUCAAACAGACUUCACAAGGGGCAUGGAGCUAGCUCUCCAACUUGGAUGGGUGCUGGAGGACUCACUUGUGUAGAGGGGAUGCAUGGUGUGCUUCCCUAAACUGCUGGUGGUGCAGGAGUUCGGGUAUGUGUGG